AUUGCUAAACGUGACUGUAAGUCUGUUGGUUGUUCAAAUAUCUAAUGUUCCCGAAGCAUCGGCGAGGCUUGUGAUGCUCCAUCUCCCUUCUCUCCAGUAUCUCUGACUUGAAGAGUUCAGAAACUGAAAGUGUUUCAGAUCAGCCAACCAGGCAGCGAGGAGGAGCUCCAGCUGAGUUAUAAAGAGAUGCUGCGACGUUAAACUGAUGUUUAGUCCCUCAGACGACUUCGAGAGCCAUGAAGCUGCUUCCUGUCGCGUGUCUCUGUCUCCUGACUCUGUCUGCUGAUGCAAACGGACCAGGAAACGUCAAAGUGGUGGGGAAAGAAGAUGAUGAUGUUAUUUUACCCUGUUCCCUCAGCACCAAGAAUAAUAUUGAGAAAAUGACCUUUGACUGGAAGAAACUUGAACCCCGGACGGAGGUGUUUGUGUAUAAGGCAGGAAAGAUUUACGGUGAAGGUGAAGAAGGUCAGAGUGACCAGUUCAUAGGUCGAGUCUUUCAUUUUCCAGAAGAGCUGAAACACGGAAACGCCUCCAUAAUCAUCAAAAAAGCUGAGAUUAGAGACAGUGGGAAAUACACUUGUGUUUUUCCAGAUGCUCAGCCAGAAAUGUCCAUUGAACUUAUUGUAGGUUCAUCACCAAAGCCUGAUGUCAGUACAAUAGAUGAAACAGAUGACUGGGCGCUGCUGCAGUGUGUUGUUCGAGGUGCUUUUCCAAAACCUGAAGUAGAGUGGCGGGACAGGUCUGGAAACAAACUUCCUUCUGACGAGACUGCACCACUGAUAGAUGGAAAGUUCUACGUCACUCUCAACACUACUGUGUACGAGACCGGCUAUUAUCGCUGCGUAUCCACACAGAUGACAAUCAACCAUCAGAUUUACUCUCAGACCUUCAUGCACAUUGGUGUACAACCUGUCUUGAAGUUCGUGACAGAAGGGAAUGAUGUUAUUUUACCGUGUUCCCUCGACACAAAGGAGAACAUCGAGUCAAAGCAGUUUGUCUGGAGGAAAGAUGGUCAGAAGGAGGUGUUCAUGUACGACACAAGUUCAGGUCAGAGUGAGCAGUUCAAAGGUCGAGUCUCUCAUUUUCCUGAAGAGCUGAAACGAGGAAACGCAUCAAUUAUCAUCAGAGAGACGAAGGUGACUGACAGUGGAGAAUACACCUGUGAGUUUCCAGGUCUGCAGUCAGAAAGACAAAAAGUCCACGUUCAUCUUGGUGUUGCUGCCGGACCAGAGAAACAGUCAGAGUCCAACACUGGAUGGAUUGUUGUUGCUUUUAUUGCUAUUGGUGUUAGCGUUGUUCUAGCUGGAGCUGUAGUCACUCUGUGCAUCAUACUAAAACAUAUUAAAGACGAGAAGAAGAGACGACCGCUGGAUGACUGCAGUCAGUCAGAGAAGCUGCAGGAUCCAGAAACUCCACCGGCUUAACGCUACCGACUGGAGAAUCGGCUCCAUCUGCCGUUUAUCUCCAUAUAUUCACAGAACAGUCUUGGGUGGAAAUGCAUGUUACUUUGCACUUUAUUUUGCUGGUUUAAAGGGUAAAUGUUGCAGCACGUUUGGAUGAAAACUUGACUUUUCAGUGAUCUGAGAGUGUGGACGUUCUGAACAACAAAACAACACUUUUGUCUUCAGACGCGGUCGAACAACACAACGUACAAACUAGUUUGUUUCAAACGUAACGCCUUUAAAAUGCACCGAAACAGUUCAACACUAACAGUCUGUUAACUGUAAUUUAUUUACCUAACCUCAGACUGUUUACAUUUAUCAUACUGUAGUUUAUUUAUUAAUCCUUCCAACAAGAUUAUUAAACAUCAAAACAUCAUCAUUACAUUUAUUCUGUGAUUCUGUUGAUCGUCUGAUAUUCAUGAGAUUUGUUAUGUGACAGGAAUUGUUGCAGUUGUUUCUUUUUGUUUCAUUUAAUAGUUUAUUAAACAGGGGCCUUAAUAUACAUUACUAUCAGCCCUUUACAAUAAAAGCUGGACCACAUGUGAGUACAGUGAGAGGAACAAGACAAAGGUCAGUUACACAGAGUCAGAUUGGAGUUAUAGUCCAAAAAAAUCACUUAAUUAUUGAUGUUGAGUCCAACUACGACUUCUUGCAUAUUGUUCUUUGUUACUUUUAUUUCUAUGUUUUUAUUAUCUUCUGUAUGGACAUUAUACUGUUGUACCUGAAUGAAAAAGCUGGAGCUCCUUAAAAACUGAGUUGACAGAUUUUCCCCUGAACAGUGAUUCUUCAGUCAUAAAGCUCCCUCUGCUGGCAGAAUGUGGGAACUGACAGAGGACAUCCUCAGGUCGACACCUCACACUCCACUGAUCUGACCUCAGUCAGACCAGCAGCUCAGGAGCUACUGAACAGAUACACAUUACAUCUGUUUCAUAGUUUUCAUGUUAAAUGUCCUGAAGGCAAAGAAACAUGAGACUUCACUAAACUGAAGGAAAACUAAUGUGAACAUUUUGAGGCUAAAGUCAAAUAUAAUGUGACUGUUUUUAUUCUGAUUUUGUUUUUAUAUUGUCAUUAUUUGGGAUGAUCAUGUUGUGCUUGUUUUUAUUUGUUCACGUGCUCAGCCAGAGUCUGUCAGGUACAGGUACACUCAGUGUCCAGUUUAUUAGGUACACCCAGCUAAAGCUAAUGCUAACAGGUUCUCAGAGUGUUUACUGUUGUUGACUGUGAUGUUUGUUUAUGUUGUUUACUGAUGAUGCUCCUGCAGGUUUCAUCUGAUUUCUGUAUUUAUAUACAAACGUUU